UUUUCCAGCUGCUUUUCUUGAUCCAAGGAUCACACAGGGAUACAGAUGGAAGGGUGUGUGUGUGUGGGGGCGGCGGCGGCAGGAAAACCAGUGAAGUCAGAAUGAGCUGGGGAAGAGGCAAAUGUUAGGAAGAAAUGGGAGAAAUGGCACUCGUGGUCCAGCCAUCUGAGACAAGGCACUUGGGACAUCUUUUCAAGUAGCGGCUGAGUUGAGGCAUGGUCUGGGCUGAAGCCUCAGAGCCCCAGCUGCUAACAUCUGGGGCCAGGAUCAUGUCUGCUAACAAAGGCUGCUGGGUACCACCUGAGGGUGAAGACAGUGUGUCUCAGAAGUUCCUGAGGAAGACCAGGGAGUCUCCGCUGGUGCCUAUAGGCUUAGGUGGCUGCCUGGCAGUUGCAGUCUACCGCAUUUAUCGGCUGAAGGCCCGUGGUUCCACCAAGAUGUCCAUACACCUGAUUCACACCCGAGUGGCAGCACAGGCCUGUGCUGUGGGUGCAGUCAUGCUAGGUGCUGUGUAUACGAUGUACAGAGACUAUAUCAAGCGAACAGCACAGGAUGACGGGGAGAAGUAGGAUUCCUGUAGGGCCUGGGGCAGCCAGAGCUUCUUCCAUCAAUCCCUGGUAUGUUCCUAAUAAAGCAGUUUUGAGGAAAA